CGGGAGCGGUGGCGCCCUCGGGGAGGCUGGACCGGCCUCGCUGCGCCAUGUCCGCGGGCUGAGCGCCGCCGCUGCCGGGCUUCGUCCCGCCUUGCGUGGGGGCCGCGCGCCCCCAGGACGGGGUCCCGGCGGCCCACCAUGGUGCUGCCGCCCCCGGACCGGCGCCACGUGUGCCUGACCACGCUGGUGAUCAUGGGCAGCAUGGCGGUCAUGGACGCCUACCUGGUGGAGCAGAACCAGGGCCCGCGCAAGAUCGGCGUGUGCAUCAUCGUGCUGGUGGGCGACGUGUGCUUUCUGCUGGUGCUGCGCUACGUGGCCGUGUGGGUGGGCGCCGAGGUGCGAACGGCCAAGCGCGGCUACGCCAUGAUCCUCUGGUUCCUCUACAUCUUCGUGCUGGAGAUCAAGCUCUACUUCAUCUUCCAGAACUACAAGGCUGCGCGGCGGGGCGCGGCCGACCCGGUGGCGCGCAAGGCGCUGACGCUGCUGCUGUCGGUGUGCGUGCCCGGCCUCUUCCUGCUGCUCGUGGCGCUCGACCGCAUGGAGUACGUGCGCACCUUCCGCAAGCGCGAGGACCUGCGCGGCCGCCUCUUCUGGGUGGCGCUGGACCUGCUGGACUUGCUGGACAUGCAGGCCAACCUGUGGGAGCCGCCGCGCACCGGGCUGCCGCUGUGGGCCGAGGGCCUCACCUUCUUCUACUGCUACAUGCUGCUGCUGGUGCUGCCGUGCGUGGCGCUCAGCGAGGUCAGCAUGCAGGGCGAGCACAUCGCGCCGCAGAAGAUGAUGCUCUACCCGGUGCUCAGCCUCGCCACCGUCAACGUGGUGGCCGUGCUGGCGCGCGCCGCCAACAUGGCGCUCUUCCGAGACAGCCGCGUCUCGGCCAUCUUCGUCGGCAAGAACGUGGUGGCGCUCGCCACCAAGGCCUGCACCUUCCUCGAGUACCGCCGCCAGGUGCGCGACUUCCCGCCGCCCGCGCUCGCCCUGGAGCUGCAGCCGCCCCCCUCGCAGCGCAACUCGGUGCCGCCGCCGCCGCCGCUGCACGGCCCACCAGGCCGGCCCCACGGGCCCUCGCCCACGCGCGACGCCCUGGACACGUGACAGGGCCCGCGCGGCCCUGGAGAUACUCGCGGGUGCAGAGACAUUGGCCGGUGGGGCGUGCAGUUUGCAUGGGAUGGGGUGGGGCGGGCUCCCCACGGGGCCAGGCUCGCUGAGCGCCUGGCCUGCAGCUGCUGCUUCCUCUCAGGGACCCCUCGGCCCACUGACCUCGGCCCCAUCGGCUGGCCCGCCCCAGAGCGGGCCGGUGUGUGCGGAGCAGAAGGACCCUCCCCUGCCUGCUGGGGCCGGGUGGGAAGGAAAGACAGAGGGGAGAGAGGUCUGGUUCCUUGGGGUCCCUCCGUGGGGGCCUCUGGCUCAGAGUUAGGGGCCAAAAAGGCCUCUGUCAUUUUAAAGACUCGUGUUUACAAUUUUGUAUCCA